AUGGCGGUUUCUGGUCGUAAAAUAUCGGAUUUCAAAGGUUCAGUGUCAAUAGGUUCAGCCGAAGACUUCACGCAUAGUUGUGUCCCUUGUUUAUCUGAUGACCAACAUGUAGAAGCUCAUGGAUUUUGUGUUGAUUGCCAGGAAUAUUUAUGUAAAAACUGUCUUCACUGCCACAAAAAAACGAAAGCCUCGAAGCACCAUCAGUUGCUUGAUAUAGAUAAAGUGGACAAACAUGCCAAAAUUGGACAAACAUCAGAUGUCUGCACUGAAAAAUGUACAACUCAUAAAAAUGAAGUUAUCAAGUUCUUUUGCCCGAAGCAUGAAGAGCUAGGCUGUACUGAGUGCAUGAUAAUUAAGCAUAGGACCUGUGACCUUGAUUAUAUACCAGAUACAUGCACAGGUAUAGGGGACAGUAAAGAAUACAAAGAGACAAUGGAUACACUGGCGAACAAACUUAAAGAAGCGGACGAUAUUAGUAAAAAAGUUAUAGAAAGAAACCAGGAAAUACAUGUUUGGCAUGACGAGGUGAUAAGAGAUAUAACAAAAUUCAGAAAAGAAAUAAAUGAUCAUUUAGACGCAUUGCAAGAAAAGAUUGAGGAAGAAGCUGCUAAACGAAAGUCCUCAGAUGAUCAGGAAGUAAAUGCCGUUCUCGAUGUAUGCGCAACACUUACUUCUAACAUUAAAAAAAUACAGUCCAGUUUAAAUCAGCACAAAACGGCAAAACAAAGUGGUGACCUUUUUAUAGCAAUUAAACGGGCGAAACUAUCACUACAUUCAGAAGAGGUGAAACAGGCUGAGAAUAUCCUUGGAAAGAAAAUUAGUCCGCGGUUUGAAUGCAACAAAGCUCUUAAAAAUAUUAUAUCAGUAGAAAGCUUUGGUCAACUGAUUGAACAUUCAACUAGUGUUGCUUCAGCUUUUAAGAUGCUUACCAGUUCUACCAAGCUGUUACAUGCUCCAAAAAGGAACAUUUUAUUAUUUCACAAAGAAGAUAUAAAUAUUAAAACAGACACGGAUAGUCAACCAUGUAGUAUAUUUGGUUGUGUCCUUCUUUCAUCUGAUAAACUUGUUUUAACGGAUUAUAACAAUAGAAAGUUGAAAGUUGUAAAUACUAGUACAUUGGCGAAGGCAGUAGUUGACGAGAAAUCAUUAGUCUCUAAUCCAUUUGAUGUGGCCGUUCUUCCCGAGAAUCAGGUUGCUGUGACAGUGCCAGGUAAGGGAGAAAUAUUGAUUGUGACAACAGCAGGGCAGUUGGCAAUUUCCCGCAGUAUUAAAGUUCAAGGACAAUGUAGAGGUAUAACCUAUCAUCACGACCACCUUUAUGUGGUUUGCACUAAUCCUAGAUGCAUUCUUAUAUUGGAUACCAAAGGCAAUGUUAAGAGCACACUUUCUCUUGAAGAUAAAACUGGAUUUGUAAAACCAUGUUACAUUGAGCUCAGUCAGGAUGGCCAACUGCUCUAUAUCAGUAAUGAUGUAUCUGGCAUAAUGGGAAGUAUAACAUUACAAGGUGAAAUAUACGCUAAAUACAACGGUGUAAGGACACCUAGGGGACUGUUGAAGCUAGAUGACGGAUCCCUUCUUGUGUGUAGUUUUAGGAACAAGAGUAUUUUUCGACUAAAAGCAAACUUCAAACAAAGCCAACAAAUAGGGAAUGGUUUUUUAAAUAAUCCAAUGUCUAUAUGUUGUAGUCCUGAUAAAAGAGAGUUAUAUGUUGGUGGUGACGAGUGUGACCAACUGAAAGUUUUCAGUGUACAAUAG